AUGCAACCCUUUGAACCCAAUUUCACCUUUUGCACCCCCAACACCUCAGUUUCACAACCCAUAAUACAAGGUUCAAUUUCACCAUCUGAUAUUUCUGUCACUGAUUACUUGCUACCCCCACAUGUUCAGCUUCAACAUCACAUGAACCAUAUCCGCCUUCAGAUGCCUCAGCUCACAUCUUUCUCCAAGCCUCCAAGGUCCUCAAAUCUAAGCAACCGCAAACCCUCCUUGAAAAACAUCACCAUCCCUUCCUUAACCUCAGGUCUUGUGCUGCCACGACACAUGGAAACAACAACAACGACAGUAGCUACAACCAUGAAUAACAACAACAAUAACCCAGUUUCUUCUUCUUCUUCUUCUUCUUCUUUAGAUGAUGCCAACAAUACCAACGAAGAUAAGCACUAUAGAGGGGUUAGGAGAAGGCCGUGGGGGAAGUUUGCUGCAGAAAUUCGGGACCCCAGUAGAAAAGGCUCAAGGGUGUGGCUUGGAACCUUUGACACAGCCAUAGAAGCUGCUAAGGCUUAUGACAAAGCUGCUUUCAAGAUGAGAGGGAGCAAAGCCAUAUUGAACUUCCCUUUGGAGGUUGGAGAGUCUGAAGAAUCAGUUUCAAGUUGCACCAAGGUUGGUGUGAAGAGAGAAAGAGAGGAAGAGAGUGAAGGGAACAAGUAUGAGGCAAGUGAGUUUAGCAGUAACAAUAGUAUCAAGCAGAUGAAGAAAGACGAUUCCUCUCCCAAAGGAGUGUGCCCUUUGACUCCCUCAUGUUGGAAAGGCUUUUGGGACACCGAUGUUAUGGGAACCAUCUUUAGUGUGCCUCCUCUGUCACCACUGUCUCCAUUGAUGGUUGUUUAA